CGUGACUACAUGCGCUUCGACUCGGUGCCAUGACUUGGAAAUGAUUGACACUGCCAAAUCUGACAGUGAAGGGUUAGCCAUGGAAAACAGCGCAUCAUCCAUGCCGAGCGGUUCUCGCGAAACAGUCGCUGAAGGCCCGGUUUCUCUUGUCUCAAAGAGCCUGCUCGAGCAUGAAGGGCAGACUCAGUGGAUUGCGAUAAAGACAUCUACCAUCCACCGCAAAUAUGCCAAAGAGCCGCACGACAUCAUCAAAGAGGCGAGGCUGAUCGCCUCCGCAUGUCAUCCAAAUGUGGUUUCUAUCUUAGGCCAUGACAUUGAUUCAGGCCUGCAGACCAUGAGCUUUUGGAUGCCAUACGUGCCCUCGUCUUUGAUUGCAUUGUUGUCUUCGAACAACUUUUCUCCCCAUCCACUUAUUUCAAUUCUGGCCGCAGAUCCGUCAAGUCCGAGUCCACGCGAGCAGCGCUUCGUUCUUCUCGCAAAAUCGCUGAUGUAUCAAAUCCUAAGUGGUGUGACAUUCCUUCACGAGACGGCAAAAAUUGCACACCGAGAUAUCAAACCAAGCAACAUACUUCUCACUUUAUCUGGCCGAGUCCAGCUCAUUGACUUUGGGAUAUCCUGGAAGGAAGGGGAAGAUCUUGCCGCAAAGAAAAACGAUUUAUGGGUCGAAACCCCGGAAAAGAUGUACUUUGAAGUUUCUACAGGACCAUACCGUGCCCCUGAGCUGUUGUUUGGGCCUAGGAACUAUGACGCAUUCGCGAUCGACUCGUGGAGCCUUGGAGCAACCUUUGCGGAAUUCUUCACGACCCUUCGUCUGUAUAAUCCGCUUGACGACGACGACUUCGAAUUUGAGGGCGAUGAGCAGUCUGACUCAGGCGACGAAAGCCCGUCGAAGCUAGCUGAACCAUUCAUCAUACCAAAGGGACUUCGCAUCGGAGAUCCCACGAACAGAUGGGCCAGGGAUUCACUAUUUGAUUCCACACGUGGAGAGAUUGGUUUAGCAUGGAGUAUUUUCAAGAUACGAGGUUCGCCAAAUGAGACCAGUUGGCCAUCCUUCUUGAGUUUACCGGACGCAAACAAGUUGUCCUUUAUAAAUGUGGAGCCUAUUGACCUUCCCUCUAUCCUACCCAAUUUUCCUUCAUCCGCGCAGCGGCAUGAAGUUGACACAAAGACACACAUGCCCCAAGAGACCAUGUCACCAACUCCUGUUGAUCUUAUCCACCGAUUCCUUGUAUACGAACCAUCUCAGCGUCUCCGCCCUUCCAACGCAUUGACUCACCCCUGGUUCACCUCCGAACCACCGUUACUUCUGCCAGAUGACUUCCCUGCUCCAAGCAUUCAUGGUGAGGCUUCAAUCAGCUUUAGCUGGGGCACAAAGUCUCUGGGGGAAUGGCUUUUAGAUGUUCAUCCCAGUGGUGCAGUUUGAAGAGGCGAGUAAAACGAGUG